GAGCAAUCUACAACCAACAGGAGACACUUGGAAAUUUGCGCGCUGGAGGACACUUCACUAGUCCACGCUGAAAUGAGAGGGUUUACACUGAAUAAUGUCUGCCAGUGUGGCUUGUUUACAUAUCUUGUUUUAUUUUCUUUCACCGCUGCAGUGAGUUUCGACCUGACUGAGCUCAGGAAUAAAGUUGCAAAAAUCAAAGUGAAUCCAAGAGGCAAUCUUUGGGCUACAGGACAUUUCAUGGGCAAGAAGAGUGUCGUGGAUACUCCCAUGCUGCCUUCAAAUGAGGACCAAGGUGCCGAUGCGCUGGAAGUCACCCUUCCUGCAGAGCAGAGUGCGCUCGGGGAGCUUUUCCAAGAGUUUCUGCGGGUGGCGCUGCAAGCGCAGAUGGAUACACAAGAAAGUCGUUCGAAAAAUCAGGAGGCGGACUUGUUGAUGAAGAUUUUAGAAAACUACAUCCGAACCAAAAAGUGAUGUAAAGGAUACAAACCUGGCACGCAUUAACAUGGAUCGAAGGUCACCUGGGCUUAUGAGUUAAAAUAAAUAAGAAUCGUGUACAGUCUCAUGCUCAUCAUGAUUGUAAUUUACUGUAACUGGCUUGCUCAUUUGCAAUACAUCUUUUUUUCCAGUUAUUUUGAUGGAUCUAUU